AUGUCAGGUGAUAAUCCUAAUGAUUUUUACCUUCGUUAUUAUGUUGGCCAUAAAGGAAAAUUUGGGCAUGAGUUUCUUGAAUUUGAAUUUCGUCCAGAUGGCAAGAUGCGAUAUGCAAAUAAUAGCCAGUACAAGAAUGACACUUUAAUUCGGAAGGAAGCAUACGUUGGAAAAAUUGUCCUAGAAGAGCUCAAACGUAUCAUUGAUGACUCCGAAAUUAUGCAAGAAGACGAUGCAACAUGGCCAGAACCAGAUCGUAUUGGAAGGCAGGAAUUGGAAAUUCUUCACAGUGAUGAACAUAUUUCAUUCACGACAAGCAAAAUCGGAUCAGCAGCAGAUGUGAAUAAGAGCAAAGACCCAGAAGGGCUAAGAUCAUUUUAUUACCUUGUUCAAGAUCUCAAAUGUUUGGUUUUCUCCUUGAUCGGUAUGCACUUCAAAAUUAAGCCCAUUUAA